AUGACAGACAAACUCCAACAACAAGCCUCCGUCCCACCACGAGGAACCCGCCGUCCAGCCCCCGGACCAAAAUGGCUAGCCACAGACAUCUACACCCUCUCCCACCUCCAACCCCCUUCGGCCCCAAACCACUCCAUCCUCCACUCCACCCUCGAAAACUCCAACAACCAAGACCUACCCCCCAUUUACUCUUCUCGAGCUUUUGCAAAGUUUCUGGCUUUACAGGCAAAAGCGGUUAAUGCGAGACAUUGUCUUGAAGUGGGUACGCUGGGUGCUUUUGCGAGUAUUUGGUUGGCGAGUGUGAAUGAGGAGUUGAAGAUCACGACGUUGGAGUUUGAUCAUAAGCAUGCAGAGGUUGCGAGAGAGAAUAUCGAUAAUGCCGGCAUGGCGGGUCGUAUCACUGUCAUCGAAGGUCCAGCCAUCGAAACCCUUCCCACCGUACUCGCGGACAUUGAAGCCGGCAAGCUGGACAAAUUCGACAUGGUAUAUGUGGAUGCUGAUAAAGAAAACAACUGGAAUUACUUUGAUGCUGCUGUGAAGGGAUGUAGAAGAGGUGCUGUGGUUAUUGUGGAUAAUGUUGUCCAGGGGGGCUUGAUUGCUAGUCAGGACGAGGCGACUGAUAAACAGCAUCAUGUGGAGGGAGCAAAGACUGUUAUCGAGAACGCGGGUAAGGAUGAGAGGGUUAGUGCUACGGUGCUGCAGACUGUAGGAGAGGGCAGUCAUGAUGGAUUCCUCUAUGCCGUUGUCCUUUGA